AUGACUGUGAGUGAAGCUGUGCCCAUUGUACCUGUCCUUCCACCUCCACCUGUAUCUCCACCUGUACCUUCACCUGUACCUCCACCUCCACCUGUACCUGCCAUCUGCCACUUACGUACACCUACACUCAUAGCCACUUACAUAAACCCACACCCACCUAUCCACACCCACACACACAACCGCCUGUCCACUAACCCACAGCCACCUGAGCCACCUGCCAACCCAUCUACUCAACUACACCCAUACCCACCAACCCACACCUUCCACCUACCCACUCACACUCACACUAAACCACCUACCCACACCUCUAAUUGCUUAUUUUUAAAUCCACCCAAUUACCCACCUACCCACCUAUCCAUCGGCCCACCUAUCCACUACCGCCUCCUGGGAAAUUAA